AUGCUGGCGUUACUUAGCAGAUCCCUCAGACCCGUGAGAUACGGGCGAGUGAAACCUAAUAUCCUUCUGCCCUUAAAGAGACAAGUUUCCACCGAGAUUCAGGAAAAGGAUGAACAAGCUGGCGAAUCAACAACCGCUACGGACACUGGUGUUAUACAUAAAACCGAAGAAGAAACUUUGAUCUAUUUCGAUAAUGUAUACCCAAGAGCCACAUCCCUUUGGAGUCCAACUCAGUGGUACAAUAUUCUCCUUACGAAUCAAUCAAGGGAUGCAGUGCGUUCAAAGAUCAUGGAAUUCGCAAGCCCGCCAAGAAACCCGAUUCAUGGCCUCGAGCUUAGGUCCACGAUACCUGUUAAACGGGACGGUGGUGUAUUUGCGACGUUCCUGGUCCCCAGAGACUACUCUAAAGCUCAAGUGAACUCGAUAAUCCAACAAAACACUGCCAAAGAAUCAUCCAAAUCUAUCCUCUCGUUUGUAACUAGAGCAGCUGCUUUUCCGGUGAAGGGGUCUCCUUGGAUCGAAGACUUAAGAAGAUUACCAAGCACAGUUAUCAAGAUUAAAUUUGAAGGUCAGCCUCUUACCGAGGAGGAGAUCUACUCUCUUUUCAGGCGCUACGGUACAAUACUUGAUAUAUAUCCUUCAAAAAAGGGGGACACAGUUGCAACACUUAGGUACAGAUCAUAUCGCGGUGCUAUUUGUGCUAAGAAUUGCGUUUCUGGAAUGGAGGUGCACAACAGCACUAUUCAUGUGCAAUAUCAAAGACUUGCUGACGAACACAUGAUACGUGAUUUUUUUGUUAACCACCAAAGGAUUGCUAUACCUUUGAUGAUUGCCUUGCUAUCUAUUGUUGCUGUAUUGGUUUUUGACCCAAUUCGUGAGUUCUCUGUGCGUCAGAAAAUCACUCACAGGUUCGCCUUUUCCAGAGAAAACUACCUUAUCAAGGAACUUUUUAAACUAACUUCCUUCACGGUAUCAUCUUUCAAGAGUCUAAUAGGAUCUGAAAAUGUCGAGACAAACAAAAAGCAACUAUGGGAAGAACGCAUUGAAAAAGUGAGCGAUUUGAAAAUGUGGCUGGAAGAAAACAACAACACCUUUGUCAUUGUUAGAGGUCCCAGAGGCUCAGGAAAGCACGACCUUGUCAUCCAGCACACUUUGCAUGACAGACCUAAUGUUCUUUAUCUGGACUGCGACAAGUUGAUUAAGUCACGAACAGAUUCCAAAUUUCUCAUGAAUGCUGCAGCUGAAAUAGGCUAUUUCCCUAUCUUCCCCUGGAUCAAUUCAUUCACGAACGUCGUGGAUUUGGCGGUCCAAGGACUAACCGGCCAAAAAACUGGUUUGUCGGAGAGUAAAGAAACUCAGUUUAGGAAUAUGCUAACAACAGCAUUAAUGGCAAUAAGGCAAGUUGCUUUGAAAGGAUAUCACCCUAUCGUUGGUAGGGGCGAUGAUGCCAUCACUAUGAAAGAAGAAGAUUACCUACAGCAGCACCCUGAAAAGAAGCCUGUAAUUGUCAUCGAUCGCUUUAAUGACAAAGCUGAAAUGAAUGGUUUCGCUUACAAAGAGUUAUCGGAUUGGGCUGCCAUGUUAGUUCAGAUGAAUAUUGCGCAUGUCAUUUUCCUAACAGAGACAGUUUCUCCCAAUCAAUUGCUUGCCGACUCUCUUCCUAACCAGGUGUUCAAAACUCUCAUCUUAUCAGAUGCAUCUAAAGAAUCUGCCCGUUCCUAUGUUCUCGCAUCCCUUGACCACACAGAGCCCCUAGACGAUGAUCAGGAGAAAAGUAAACCGAUUAUCUUAUCUGAUGAUAUUAAAAGAGAGCUUGAUGAGUCUCUCGAACCGCUUGGAGGUAGGAUGCUGGAUCUUCAAGCGUUUGUGAGAAGGGUCAAAUCGGGCGAAAACCCCAAGGAAGCUCUCGAUAAAAUGGUGGAGCAGGCACUUGAGCAGAUAACGCAGAUAUUUUUGGCUGAAAAUGUUGAUCAGGUUAAGAGCGCACAAGCGUGGGAACUUAUCGAAAUGUUGAGUAAAGAGCCUGUUGUUGAAUUUAAGAAUGUUGUUUUCAGGCCUCUUUUCAAGUCGGCGCCCGAAGCAGGGCUACUGGAGCUGGAAAAAAACGGCUUGAUUACUGUUUCAAGAGAUAGAGGGGUUUUGAAGGAUAUUCGCCCGGCAAAGCCUCUUUACAGAGCUGCGUUUGGGUAUUUGCUUAACGAUAGUGAACUUUUUACAGUGCUUGAGACAGGUUAUUUGUUGCGGAUCAUCAAUUUCGAAACCAAAAGAAUACAAAAGUGGGAAGAAGAACUGAAAUCACUCGGAAAAGUGAGUGAACACAGGAUGUUCAAAAGUCGACUUUUGUACCUAGCUGCCAAAAUUGACGCCAGUAGUGAUAGCAUCAACAAAUGCGAAGACAAGAUCAAGGCGCUAGCCAGGUCUUAA